UUGGGCCAUGCCCUCUGAGGCAGCCUCAUGUGAACAGUGGUCAACAUCCCGUCGGUGGGAUCGUUGUGACGUUCGGGACGUGCAGGACGUCACGUCAUUGUGGGCAGGAUGCUCGUGUUACGGUGUCGACGUCAGCUCAGAGAGCGAAAUUAACAUACCAGGGAAAGAGGAAUCGGCUGUCGAACAGCAACAUAGUAAAGCUUUCGCUUUGUUGGGACAUCGCUUCCUUUUAUCGGCUUUUCCAGGAAGAUGAAUCAAGAGGAAGAGAAACGGGCCGCGCCAUGCAGCAGCUCUGUUUUUGUUAACAACCCACACCUGGAUGUAAUGAAAGAAGACGUCCUCUACCAUUUUGGUUUAGGGACUGCAACUCACGACCUACCAGCUAGGUUUGGUGAUGUCAAAUUUGUGUGUGUCGGCGGCAGUCCAUGGAGAAUGAAAUCCUUCACUGAGUAUAUUGCUGCUGAGAUCAGUAUGGAAGACCCAGAGUCAGAAUACCCAAACAUCUGUGCUGGAACGGACCGCUAUGCUAUGUACAAAGUGGGCCCUGUGCUGUCUGUCAGUCAUGGGAUGGGCAUCCCAUCUAUUGCCAUAAUGUUGCAUGAGCUAAUAAAGCUCCUCCAUCACGCUCAUUGUCAAGAUGUUACGAUUAUACGUAUUGGGACGUCGGGAGGAAUAGGGCUUAAACCUGGCACAGUUGUUGUCACCAAGCAGUCUAUGGAUGCCACCUUCCUGCCAAAGUUUGAGCAGGUGAUCCUUGGGAAGACGGUGGUGCGCAAUACGGAUCUGGACCAAUGCCUGGCUGAAGAGCUGUUGCAGUGCAGCAACGAGCUGAACCAGUUUGAGACGGUGAUCGGCAACACAAUGUGUACACUAGAUUUCUAUGAAGGGCAAGCCCGUCUGGAUGGGGCAUUCUGCUCCUACACUGAGAAGGAUAAACAGGAAUACCUCAAAAAAGCCAGUGAAGCAGGAAUCUGCAAUAUAGAAAUGGAGUCAUCAGUUUUUGCCGCCAUGUGCAAACUGAGUGGUCUACGAGCGGCUGUGGUGUGUGUGACGCUACUCGAUCGGCUGAAGGGGGAUCAGCUGGGCGGCUCUCAUGAAGUUCUUCACAGUUACCAACUACGUCCUCAGAUACUGGUUGGAAACUACAUUAAGAAGCAGUUAAAAGCCAAAGCAGGACGUAGCUAAGUGCAAAAGUAUGUAAGCAUAUAUACAAAUCUUCUCAUGAAGACAUGCAAUGCAAUUAUUCAGCCUUAAACCUUUUUCGUACACAUUUUAUCCUGCUGUCACCAACAGCCAUACAUUACCUUUAUUACCUCCUGUUUUUUAAUAAAUUCCAUUACGCUGUAUCACUUGAUUGAUUCCUCUUCAUUUUGACUUAAAUGUUGUGUAGCAUCUUAUGGCAAUGACCUAUUUAGUACUGCCUAUUUUCUUUUGAUAUAUAAAAUAUGUUACCUGAAUCUGUUUAGGACUUUUGGUUUGUUGAUGCUAACGAAAGUACCUCAAAAAGUAAUUAAGUUCCAUUAAAACUGUACUGCAACAAAAUAUACGUAUUGAUGCGAAAUAAAUCUCGUGAUUAUCACAUUAUUAUUUCAUUCUAA